AUGGAAUUUUUCAUGGCCGGAUUUUAUGAAUAUAACAUUGCAGAAGAAUUGAUAAAAUCAUUGGAUACAGCUGUUGGCUGCACAACUUCUUUGUUGCCGGAAGAAGUAAUAACAGGAAUAAUUGAUUGGCUUUGUCCAAUGAUUGUGUCGAGUAUUGAUUAUCCGAGUUUGUUUUCUGUUAUGAGAAGAACAUUGGAGAAUUUAGUGAGACACUCAAAACAGUAUCUCAAUGAAUUAGUUAAUGUUUCUUUUCUUUCGAUUUUGGGAAAUAAUUUUGACCCGAAUUUGUCGAAUAACAGAGCAUUGGUAAGUGACGCAAUUAUGGGAAUAAGAUUGUUAAGAAGAUACGCUCCUGAUCACUUGAUGUCAGCAAUAAAUGAUGCUGUUGCUGCAAUUGGAUUCACAACUGAAGAAUCUACAAGAUUUAAUGAGAUUACAAAUAUGAGACCUUCAAAAGCAACUGAUGAAAAACUGACUCAGCUGCUUCAACAAGUUUGGAAACAUUCAUUUAGAACUUAUGCUUAA